AUGGCACGCGCGGCGAGUGAGUUGGUGGGAGCGAGCGCAGGCGGUGGCGGGCAGGGCGGCCUCGAGACGUCGUCUUCGCCACUCGCCGCAGCUCGCUCGGCGCACCCACGUCGCCGCAGUGUGCGCCAACAGUUCGUGAAGUGUCUUAGUGUUUUGGACAAUAGGCCUGCAAGCCCUGCGUUGCUGGAGGUGACAGCUGGAAGAAGAUACAUCGUGAAAGUGAUCCAAACAACAGAAAUGAUAGUUGGGGAAGAGAAAGAAAAGCGUAGUUUUGGUCUUGUAGGUUAUGCCGACAAAGAAAGUUAUUAUAUCUUUCAACACUCAAGUUGCAGCCAUUGGAAUGUUGCAACUGUGAGAACUAAGAGGCCGCUAAGAAUACGCGCCCGCCGACGCCCAGACGCCGCCGCCGCCGCCCCGCCGCCGCAGUCACUCCUCGCAUCUCGAAGUGGCGUGCCCGUCGUCCCUUGCAACAAAAGCACCAGCGCGUGCUGGAAGUUCGGAGAUGUGUUGAAAGGGGGAAGCGGCGCCGAGGUGCAGCCUGCCUGGGCCCGCGGGCCCGCCAGAUGCGCGCCGCCCUCGCCUCGCCUCGCCUCGCCACCGCCGCGCGCCAUGGAGACGGACGUCAGCCACGAGUACCAGGAGUACCUCAACGAGUACUUCCUGCGCGAGACCAACUCGCUCGACCAGUACCUCGACGAGAUCGAGGAGAGCAGCUCCAGAAGUUGUGAUGAGGGCGAGCAGGAGGCGGAGUGGCUGGUGGAGGCGGGGCUGCCGCAGCUGUCCGAGGCCUUCGCUGAGGGCCGCGAGGUGGCGGACGCCGAGCUGGAGCCCGCGCUACGCUCGCUGCCGCGCCACCAGGCGGAGGCCGUGAAGCGGCGCGUGCGCACGCUCAACCACACGCUGCGCCGCCGCCACCACGCGCCCCCGCCCGCGCUCGCCCACGCCCACGCCCAC